CUUAUUGUGUGUGUAAUGUCCAGUGUUGGGAAUUUUCUGCUUCUCUCUCACCUGCCUAUAAAUGAGAGUGAAUUCAGUUCUCCUGUCAAUUGUGUAGUGUUGUUCACAGAGGAGGAGGCACAUUCUGAUUAGACAGAAAAGAUGAGUUUGAUUUUCUUCUUCGCCUUACAACUCACCCUUCUUCAAUUGGGAGACAGCAAGUCACUCCAGGUUAUCAAGCCAAAUGUUAUUGCUUUGGAGGUGGAUGGAGAUCCAAUGAUGCAGAAGACCGUGGUCCCUUUACGCUGUGGGGACGAGCUCGAGGGAACUGAGAUUCACUGGCAAAGGAACGGACAACACAUUCCCGCAACGGGUAACAACAUAGAAGUCACCAUCCACGCCAUGAUGGGGGGCAACUUCACCUGCCACAGUGCAUCCGGAGAUGUUCUCAACCAAACGCUGGUGCUGGUCAAACCGGUGGACUUUGAGAAGGCUAUUCUGACACGCACUGACAAAGAAUUCAUUACCUGUAUAGCAAGGAACUUCAGUGGCCCAUUUCAUUGUUCAUGGAAAUGGGAUUCAAUACGGAAUGGAGUUGUGGUGUCCUUCAAAGCUUUCCGGGACACCCAACUGAUCAACUGUACCCUGGACCCUGAUAACACUGGACUGACCUGCAAGGAACAGCAGUGUCCAUACGCUGAGGAGGUCACUCGUAUCAACCUCACCCUGCUAGUCCGCAACCAGUACCGCUUAGAGGAGCAUGUAAAAGAGUUCUUCAUCCAUGAAAUCAUCAAACCAGACAAAUUGCACAUUGUGAAGACCGAGGACGAUGAGUUUGAAUGGGAAGCCCCAAAAACGUGGAACAUUCCGUGCACUUUCUAUCCACUCCAGUACGAAGUGAAAGUGCUCUCUCAUCGCAGGGACUGUGACCAUACUGGAAACCAUUCAGAGUCCCACUACACCAACCAGACACAGUAUAAAGUUACCUCCAAGAAGAGUUAUACUUUUUGUGUGCGGGCCCAGGAUUUCUUCACCAAUCAAGUCUGGAGCGAGUGGAGCCAACAUAAGGUCACCCGGAAAUAAAGGUCUGGAAGAAAACAUUUCACUUCAACCAGUAAUUCUGAACCCCAUUUACUCAUCGCUUCUAUAUAUAAAACAUUCGUUCACCCAUAUCCACAGUAGGCUUCAGCGGACAUCUUUAUACUUUAUAUCUACUAAAUAUCUGAAGAAUGUUAAUACACACUUUGUGUAGUUUACUGAAGAACUUAAUGUUCUAAAUGAAUGUUUUCAUAAGUUAUAUUUAAAAGGAAACUACUGUACUGCUGCAUUUAUGCAGGAUAACUGUAGACACUAUGUUAAUGAUGUAUUGUUGUAUCCACAUUAAACUCUAUCAUUCAA